GAGAGCAUCGCGUUAAAGCGAUAAGUUUGCACGAUACAUUACACAUGAUGGCUUAAAAACGCCGAGCCGCAUAUUAGAGUAGUCCGAGUCCGUUGGCAAUUUUAUCUUUCGCAAUUAUUUCGGCGCGCCUCGCAAGCCGCUCAAGACCACGCUAAAGCCGGCUUCGUCUUAUUACAUACAUAUAGAUAGAUACCCGACGAUCCAAGUGCUUUAUCAGCUGCCCAAUUUAACUGAUCGAACUGCUGUUGUUGCUCGCUUGACCUUUGACAUGUCAACGGCCCAUCGAAAGCCACUCGGCUCUAUCGUACAGAGCGAUUAACAGUGUACUCGAUCGCAAGAAAAGCCGGCCAACUCGGGCACUUGACCAGCCUACAGCGCUUCGUUUGGAUUCAUCCACGACCGACCUCAUGUUUAUUACGAAUCAUAAGCUAACACGUGAUACGAUGAUUCGGAAAAGCGCGACCAGUUGAAUCGAAGCGAGCUUUCAAAGUCAAGCGCUGAAGAUCGAUUUUGCCGAAAGUAUAAGCGCCGAAAUUGCGACAAUCGUCUCGUUGAAAUAAUUUCGUGCAAAUAUAAUUGAUCGAACUCGGGAGAGAGAAAUCGAAACACAAUGGCGUACGACGACGUGAUACUAAAAAUGGGCGAAUUCGGCCGCUACCAGCGCAGAAUAUACUUGAUGCUGUGCCUGCCAGCCAUACUCUGUGCCUUCCACAAAUUAGCCGGUGUCUUUCUCAAUGCCAAAAUGGAAUCGAGGUGUCUGCUGCCCUUCGAGAACGCCGACAACGCGACUUUCGGGCUGCCCACGAGUAUACUGAACGCGAGCUACCCCUGGGACGCCAAAGCCUCGAGCUGGUCUCAGUGCGAGCGAUACAACGAAACCAGCGGCGGCUGGGCCAACUCGACCGUCAAAUGCCAGCACUACGUUUACAACAGGACCCAGUACGCGAGCACCACAGCUUCACAGUGGGAUCUGGUGUGCGAGCGGGACUGGCUGCGAGCUACCGGCGACUCGAUCUUCAUGGUCGGGGUCAUGCUGGGCUCGACGAUCUUCGGCGCCCUCUCGGACAAGUUCGGCCGUCGGAACAUCUUCUUCCUGAGCCUCGUCAUCCAGCUGGUCUGCGGCAUCGCCGUGGCUGUGGCGCCCGACUUCAUCACCUACGUAGUCUUCCGAGCCAUCGUAGGCUCGACUACCAGCGGAGUAUUCCUCGUCGCCUACGUUAUUGCUUUGGAAAUGGUCGGUCCGAAGAAGCGCCUGAUAGCCGGCGUCGGUUGUCAAUUGUUCUUCACGGCUGGAUACAUCAUGACGGCUGGAUUCGCCUAUCUCAUCACGGACUGGCGACUGUUGCAAUUGGCCAUUACCCUACCGAGCGUCGCCUUCCUCCUCUACUGGUGGUUCAUUCCGGAAUCGGCGCGAUGGCUCAUCACGAACGGUCGAAUGUCCGAGGCUCGAGAGAUCCUGCUGAAGGCCUCGAAGGAGAACGGCGUGGACAUACCCGAGAGCGUACUCGAGCAGCUCCUCGACGAAAAGGACAACAACAGUACACCGGACACGAACAAGCCUUCGGUCUUUGACCUGUUCCGCUACCCCAACCUCAGAAAAAAGAGUAUGCUGCUCUUCUUCAAUUGGCUGGUCAACAGCGGCACGUAUUACGGCCUGUCGUGGAACGCCUCGAGUCUCGGUGGCAACGAUUACGUCAACUUCGUCAUAUCCGGUCUCGUCGAGGUGCCGGCUUACACCUUCCUCAUCUUCACGCUCAACCGUUGGGGCAGGAAAAUCAUACUCUGCGGAUGCAUGAUCGUCUCUGGCUCCAUACUCGUGGGGACUCUUUUCGUGCCAAGAGAUAUGACUUGGUUGACCGUGACCUUCGCCAUGGCCGCCAAGUUGGUGAUAACCGCGUCCUACGGUGCCAUCUACGUCUUCACCGCCGAACAGUUCCCGACUGUCAUCAGAAACGUUGGCCUGGGCGCAAGCUCGACCUUUGCUCGCGUUGGCGGAGUCAUUGCGCCUUACAUCAUUUACCUCUCUUCCGUUUGGGAACCGCUGCCCUUUGUCAUUUUUGGUUUGAGUUCCUUAGUAGGUGGAAUGCUCUCCCUCUUACUUCCCGAAACUCUCAACAAGAAACUACCCGAAACGAUUGCCGAUGGCGAAGCCUUUGGAAAAAAAUUGAAAAAGAAGGGUAAGAAGAACAACUGCGUCGAAGAGCGAAUGAACGAGAUCGAUCCACAAAAAUAAUAUCCAUUGGCCAAUAUCUUGCAAAAAUGGUCAAUAUGCUACGUACCAAAAUAAUUCGCGAGGUCACUUGAAAAAUUAUUUUUCAAAGAGUGCCUACAAAGAAAUGUUUUUAUAUCUUUAACGCCGGCUUAUUUUGAGCUGUUAAGUUUUCAAGACUAAGUGGAAACGCCGUGGUUUUUAAAUGACUAUGCAUUUUUUGAAAGCAGACAAGUAUUAGACAAACGUUUCUUUGUUCAUUAAACGAGUGAUUGAAUGGUGGUGGAGAAAAAGUUGCAACUGGAAUUGCUUUGGUUCAAGGUUCGAAAUGUUAAUAAGAUUAGACAAUCAUUUCAUAACUCUUUAAAAAUUUGUUAAAUUUCAGUGAGUUGAGCAAUUUUAUAUUGCUUUUGCAACUUCACUUUCAACUUGAAAAUCAUGUAACAUCGACAUAUUGCGCUAGUAUACCAUAUUUUCUACCAGACUUAAAAUAUCUCACAAUUUUUUGAACAAGUUUUAUUUGUUUAUAAAAUUAAAUAAUGUACAAGAUGAUAGUUGUCAUCAUGAAACAAUUGAAAGUAUUUGCUAAGCAGAUAACAUAUCAUACACAAACAUAUACUGAUAUAUAUUUGUAAGACUUUAAAAUGAAUAAAAAACGCGACUAUUUUGGAAAA